AAUAAAAAUGGCCGCUCCGGCGAAAAGCUUGCCGAGAGAUGCUCAAAUUAUGACUGCUAUUUUGAAAGAUCUUGGUGUUACUGAACAUGAGCCACGAGUCAUUAAUCAAAUGCUUGAAUUUGUUUACAGAUAUGUAUCUGAUAUAUUAGAAGAUGCCAGAGUAUACUCCAGUCAUGCUAGCAAGAAAACUGUCGAUGCUGAUGAUGUCAAGCUGGCCAUACAAUGUAGAAUGGACCAUUCCUUCACAUCACCUCCACCAAGAGAUCUUUUGAUGGAUAUAGCUAAACAUAAGAACAGCCAAGCUUUGCCUUUGAUUAAACCUUACAGUGGACUGAGGCUUCCUCCAGAUAGAUACUGUUUAUCUGCACCCAACUACAAGAUGGCCAGUCAUAGAACUGUCAAAAAGCAACAAGCCAGGAUACAGUUUGGUCUACCAAUGAGUCAACAGUUUCCAGGUUCACAGAGAAUUAGUAUUACACCACAUGGAAUCGCCAAAUCAAGUGGUAAUCCAAACCUAAGUGUCGUUACCAAAAAUAUGUCAGUUCCAACUGUUACCAUAGUUACUAAACCACAAGCAUCAACAGUGGUACAAAGACCAGCAUUUAGAAUAUCAGCAGGUACAAGUUUACAACCCAUUCAUGCCAGUCAGCCUAUGUCAUCCUCACUGCAUCCUUCAGCUUUGUUGUCUAAGACAUUACAGAUAUCACAGUCUACAGCCUCACUCAUAUCUAACAAUUCUCUUAAAAGGAAGCAUGAUGAUGAUGAUUAUGAUACAUAACAUGACAGAUAUUUUUAUACAUAACAUGACAGAUAUUUUGAUACAUAACAUCACGGAUAUUUUGAUACAUAAUAUAACCUCAAAGAUAUUUUGAUACAUAACAUUCACAGAUAUUUUAAAAGUUUUUGAACAAGUGAAAUAGACAAGAUGUGUACUGCAUUCAUUUUGUUCAUACUGUAAACUUAAUACAUAUUUCAAAACUUCUCUAUGAAAGAUUGAUUUUUCAUUUGGUUGUCAGCCAGAGCUUUUUUCUUUUUAGCUCACGGGGCCCAAGGGGCCCCAUGUGAGCUUAUGCCAUCACUUGGCGUCUGUCGUCCGUGUAAACUAUUUCAAGAAUCUCCUCCUCUGAAACUAACGGGCCAAAUACCUUCAAACUUUAACUGAAUGUUCCUUAGGGAAUCGAGUUUAUAAAUUGUAUCUGAAGUUUUGAUCCAUCAACAAACAUGGCUGCCAUGGCUAAAAAUAGAACAAAGGGGUCAAAUGCAGUUUUUGGCUUAUAUCUCAAAAACUAAAGCAUUUAUGGGCAAAUCUGACAGAGUAAAAAUGUUCAAUAGGUCAAGAUCUAUCACCCCAUGAAAUUUUCAGACGAACCAAACAACCCAUUGUUGAGUUGCUGCCACUAAAUUGGUAAUUUUAAGGGUAUUUUGCAGUUUUUGGUUAAUAUCUUGAAUAUUAUUGAAAAUAAAGAUAAACUGUAAACAGCAAAAAUGUUCAGCAAAGUAAGAUCUACAAAAAAGUUAAAUGACCAAAAUUGCCCAAUUGACCCCUUAAGGAGGGAAUGCCCUUUAAAGAUGAUUUUACACAAUUUGUUCAUCAUGUUUGCUAAUAUUUAAAAAUCUCCUCUGAAACUACUGUGCCAAAUACUUCCAAACUUUAACUGAAUGUUCCUUAGGGUAUCGAGUUUAUAAAUUGUAUCCGAAGUUUUGAUCCAUCAACAAACAUGGCUGCCAUGGUUAAAAAUAGAACAUAGGGGUCAAAUGCAGUUUUUAUACGACCGCAAAAACAAUUUUGCGGUCGUAUAUUGGUAUGACGUUGGCCUCGUCAGCGUGGUCAUCGUCAUUGUUGUAGUCGUCCUAAGACACAUUGGUUUUCGCACUCUAACUUUAGUUUAAGUGAAUGGAUCUCUAUGAAAUUUUACCAUAAUGUUCAAUACCACAAAAGGAAGGUUGGGAUUGAUUUUGGGGGUUAUGGUACCAACAGUUAAGGAAAUAGGGGCAAAAAAUAAGCAUUUUUGUAACUUCCAGACAUAACUUGUGUGUAAGUGUAUGGAUCUUUAUGAAAUUGUACUACAAGGUUCCAUAUCACAAAGGGAAAGCUGGGUUUGAGUUUGGGGAUAAUUGCCCUAAACGUUUAGGAAUUUGGGGCCUAAAAGGGGCCUAAAAACAAGCAUUUUUCUAGAAUCCAGACAAUAACUUGUGUUCAAGUGUAUGGAUCUCUCUGAAAUUGUACUGCAAGGUACCAUACCACAAACGGAAGGCUGGGAUUGAGUUUGGGGUGAUGAAUCAUAAGGGGGUUCAAAAAAUAUGGGGGAGGGUUUUUUUUUUCUUUAAAAUUUUCCAUUUUAAAUUGGUUAUUUCUGAUUUAUAUAUAAAAGCAAAUAAUAAUGAUAUGGUUUGAAUAGGUAAAUUAAAAAAUUUUAAGUUCUUAGACCACAUUCAUUCUGUGUCAGAAACCUAUGCUGUGUCAAAUAUUUAAUCACAAUCCAAAUUCAGUGCUGUAUCAAGCUUGAAUGUUGUGUCCAUACUUGCCCCAACUGUUCAGGGUCGUGGCGGUUUGCAGUGGUAACAAGCUGUGCCCAGCGGAGCAUUUUAUUGGCUUAUAUCUCAAAAACUAAAGCAUUUAUGGGCAAAUUUGACGGGGUAAAAAUGUUCAAUAGGUCAAGAUCUAUCAGCCCUGAAAUUUUCAGACGAACCGAACAUCACAUUGUUGGGUUACUGCCACUUAAUUGGUAAUUUUAAGGGUAUUUUGCAGUUUUUGGAUAUUAUCUUGAAGAUAAAGAUAAACUAUAAACAGCAAAAAUGUUCAGCAAAGUAAGAUCUACAAAAAAGUUAUAUGACCAAAAUUGUCAAUUGACCCCUAAGGAGUUAUUGCCCUUUAUAGUCAAUUUUUAACAAUUUUUUGUAAAUUUUUGUAAUCUUUUACAAAAAUCUUCUCCUUUGAAACUACUGAGACAAAUUGAACCAAACUUAGCUGCAAUCAUCAUUAGGGUAUCUAGUUUAAAAAUUGUAUCCGAUGACCCCACCUACCAACCAACAUGGCCGACAUGGCUAAAAAUAGAACAUAGGGGUAAAAUUCAAGUUUUGUCUAUUAUUUUUUGAACCGUUAUAAAUAGAGAAAAUCUGAAAGGGGCAAAAAUUUUCUGAAUAAUGAGCUCUACCAAUUGUCCAUAUAUGUCAAAACUGUUAGAACUAUUCUUAUAGGAGUUAUUGCCCAUAAAUGACAAAUUUUACCAUUUUUUUUCAUUUUUGCCUAUUACCAUGAAAACUAUGAUAUUUAGAGAGAAACAUUUUUUUUUCCUGUUGUGCCUUAUAUGAUUUAAAUUGUAAUAGAUAAAUAAACACUUUAAAUCACAUAAAUGAUCAGCAAGGCCAGAUCUAUUAAAAAGUCAAAUUUUGCCGAUGUAGUUAGUAGACUGUCACUCUUCAUAGGAGUGAUAGCCCUUAAAUGAGGAUUUUUUUUACCCUCUUUUGUGUUUUGAGCAAAAACUAAAGAAGAUAGAGAGAAACUUAACAGACUAAAAGAUCAGUAAUACAAGAUCAACAAAAUAGAGAUUUUUGUCAUGAAGUCUAUUCUCCUCUACAAUGUUGGAGAGUGUCCUUUGUUUGAUAUGCACAUAGACCAAGGUGAGCGACACAGGCUCUUUAGAGCCUCUAGUUAUUAAAUUUUACUGUUUUUGUUUAUUUUCUUUAAUAUUAUAAUAGAUAGAGAGAAAGCAUAAAUAACAAUAAAUGUUCAGCUAAGUAAGAUCUCCAAAUAAGUCAACAUGAUCAAAAUAGCCAAUUCACCCCUUAAGGAGUUAUUGCCCUUAAAACGUUUUUUUAUGCCCCAUUUAUGGACAUUAUGUUUUUUGGUCUGUGCGUCCGUUAGUUCGUUCGUCCGUCCGUCUGUCCUGCUUCAGGUUAAAGUUUUUGGUCAAGGUAGUUUUUGAUGAAGUUGAAGUCCAAUCAACUUGAAACUUAGUACACAUGUUCCCUAUGAUAUGAUCUUUCUAAUUUUGAUGCCAAAUUAGAGUUUUGACCCCAAUUUCACGGUCCACUGAACAUAGAAAAUGAUAGUGCGAGUGGGGCAUCCAUGUACUAUGGACACAUUCUUGUUUUUAAAUUUUUUGUGAAAGUCUAAUUACUUUUUCAAAAAUCUUCUUCUCUGAAACUACUUGGGCAAAUACUUAAAAACUUUAAUUGAAUGUUCCUUAGGGUAUCUAGUUUAUAGAUUGUAUUCAGGGAUUUGAUCCAUUCAAAAACAUGGCGGCAGUUUCUAAAAAUAGAACAUAAGGGUCAAAUGAAGUGUUGGCUUUCAUCUCAAAAACUAAAGCAGAAAGAGCAAAACUGACAUAGGUGAAAGUGUUAAACAGGUUUUAAUCUACCUGUCAAGUAAUCUUCAGACCAAUAGGACAACUUAUUGCAGGGUUAUAGAAAUAGUUAUUUUUUAGGAAAUUUUUUACAGUUUUGGGUUAUGUAUUAUCUUUAAUAUUAUUAUAGAGAAAGUGUAAAUGACAAAAUUGUUCAGCAAAGUAAGAUGUACAAAUAAGUCACAUGCCUGAAACUGAAAUUACAGGUGAGCGAUAUCAGGCUUUCAUGAGCCUCUUGAUUUCAAAUGCUUUCAAGGGAACUGGUUUGUGCUAUAGAUUAAGAAACAAAUGAGAGUCUUCAGAUAAAUGUGAUUUUAAGGAAUAAAACAUUUGUACAGAU